AAGCUUUUUGUUGUCGUGAACGGUUGACUAACGGGUCAUCGAGAUAUAAAUCUGCCCUAUUGCCUUUCUCAAUCACAACAUUCUGUCCGAAGCAGGAAUCUUUUGGCAUCCAUACCGACAAGCCGACACAGUUUGAACGAAAAAAAUUGGAGUGAGGUUUCUGCUUAAAUUGGUGAAAUGGCGAAAUUGGUAGUACUAGUUCAGCUCUUCAUGCUCUUUUCAAAGGCUGAAGGAACAUCAUUUAGCUCAUACAUGACGAAGAAUGAAGAGCCCCUCUUUAUAAAUGGCCCAAGGAGUUUAUCUGAUCGCAUUGCAAUUGUUGGAGCGGGUGCUUCAGGUAUCCACAUGGCGACAAUGUUGAAAAAUGAAGGCUUCACAAACAUUGUGAUAUAUGAGAAAAAUGACCGAAUUGGGGGCAAAUCAAUGACAAUAAGGGACGCAGAAGGGACAGUGCAAGAGCUUGGAUCGUGCUGUAUUGGCCCUGGCUAUGAGAAUAAUAUCAUGAAGAUAAUCGAAGAAUACGCGCCUGGAGAGCUUGUUCCAAGGCAGUUUGGCGACGUAUGGUUGGAUGGUGCUGCAAAUGCCACAUCGUAUGGUCAUUACGUAGUGAAAGAAACCAUGAAAUAUUUCAAUACUAACAGUGUUAAAGAAGCACUGUUUAAACUUUUCCAAAAGAUUGACGAAUACGUAUCACUUCACAAAAGCCUUUUUCCCAUGUAUGAAUUUGAGUUAAUGCCAAGGCCCAAACCCGAGGUGAUGAGGAACCUAAAAUGCACCUUCUUGCAGUUUUUAGAAAGACAUGACCUAAGAGGGCUUCUGCCUCUGUUGCUUGUAUCACAUACCCUUCAAGGUUAUGGCUACCUCGAUGAAAUUAGUGCAGUAUACGGUCUUAUUUGGAACACACCCUUUCUUAUGCAAAGCUUCAAAGAAAUUAUGAGUGGAGACACUACACCACGUACAUUCAUGUUGCGAACUGGAUUCCAGCACUUGUGGGAAAAAGUUGCAAAAGUUAAUGCUCUGAACAUCAGGCUGAAUUCGAACAUACAAACUAUCAAACGAAGUAGGUAUGGGGUGCAGGUGUGUGAUGCUGAAGCCUGCUACAGCCACGAUUUUCUGAUAUGGAGCGGAGAAGCAACGCGCAGUUUGCGAGUGCUAGAUAAACCUACAAAACUGGAAAUAAAUUUGUUCUUUAAAUUGUCACCCGACUAUUUGGUGUCAUCUUUGGUUGGUUUAAAAGGAGGAAAAGAAAGCAGCACUGCAACCGGCUAUUGGUUCGACAACAUCAUAAAGAAAAGAAGCGUGUCUGUAUUGGCGUCUCGUAACACUAAGAGAGUAUUCGAGCUUGGUGGAGUUUAUCCGUUGCAGCAAAGCUCUGUAUCAGGAAGCCGCUUCGAGCUCGCAUAUCAGUAUAGUCCAACCAGACCCUGCAAACCACAUGAAAAAGCAUUGCUUCACUUUUACGAAACAGGUGCGACCGAGGCAAAGAUUGCGAGGCAGGUCGUCUGGCGGUACUUUCCACAUUUCUCAGUUGAAGAGGCAGCCGCUGGGUCUUUGUGGGAUAUCUUGGAAAUGCAAGGAAAAUCAAGAACAUGGUUUAUUGGUUCCUCUGUCAGCUUCGAGUCACUAAAAAGUGUUGUGGAGUACAACAAGUUAUUAAUUAGUAUAAUGAGGCCACUUGAAGAAUGAUGAUGGUGAUACAGCAUCAUUUCACACUUGGUCUGCCAUUUCUAAAUGGCCUAUGAUAAACCUAUUUACUCUAUACAGGUAUUGCCUUUUGUUAUAAAGGAAUAUUUUGCUUGGAUAUUAUGUAACGAGCUGAUAUUGUAAGCGUUGUUAGAUUCAUAUUUAUAUCUACAACUGUAGCCCCUUGACUUGAAA